AUGGCGAACCCUCUCGACACAGAUGCUGGCUCGGAACUUUUCAGCUCCUACGAGGCCGAACUCAAGCUUGUACAGGCUGACCUGGCACAAAAGCUAGAUCAGAUACCUGAUCUGUCCGGUGAACCGCGCAAGGCUGCCGUCAGCCAAGCUGAGCGCGCCUUGGAGGAAGCAGAUGAACUGCUCGGCCAAAUGCGACUUGAAAAGCAGAAUAUCCCGACAUCUGCACGAGCCAAAGUUAAUCAGCGCUUCCGCAACUACGAAUCCGAUAUCGAUGCGAGCCGCCGAAAGCUUACAAGUCUUUCCUCUAACCGCGCAGCUCUCUUCGGCUCGCGGUACACUGAUGAGCCAUCUGGAGACAUCAACCUGGAACAACGACAGCAGCUGCUGUCAGGAACCGAAAGGCUCGACCGAAGCACACAGCGACUUUUGUCCAGCCAGAGACUCGCCAACGAAACAGAGGCUAUUGGGGCAGAAACCUUGGCCGAUUUGCAUCGUCAAGGUGAAGUUAUUCGCCAUACACAUGAUACCCUCUUGGACAGCGAAGGAUAUGUUGACCGCAGCGUCAAGACUUUGAGGGGGAUGGCUCGGAGAUCCCGCAUUUCACUCAUUUCCAAGAGCGAUAUUCGCUACGUGGGCACUUUGCACGAGAUCAAUUCGGACGAGUCAACAGUGUCUCUCGAGAAUGUUCGCUCAUUCGGCACAGAAGGCCGCAGAGGCGCCCCUCAUGAGGAGAUUGCGCCUUCAGACCAGGUCUACGAAUACAUUGUCUUCCGCGGUAGCGACGUGAAAGAUUUGCGUAUCGAGGAGCACCCCUCAAUUAAGGAGAACAAGCCCCCUCCUUCUAUGCCCGAUGACCCGGCCAUUGUCGGCAAAAAAAAGGCUCGAGCCCGUCCUGGAGCACAAGGACCGAACCAGAACGCCCCUCCCGGAGCUCCUUCUGGCGGCCCUCCUGGCGCCCCAGGGUUUCAGCAUCCUUACCCUCCCAACAACUUUUAUGGCGGUCCUCCGCCUCCUGGCUCUUGGGGAAGAGGUGGACCGGGCCCUAUGGCUGCACCAGGCUUUGGUAACAUGCCAUACCCCCCACCUCCAGGCUGGCUUCCUCCGGGUCAAGGUUUCCCUCCGGGCCAAGGUUUCCCUCCUGGACCAGGUGGCCCAGGUCCUUGGGGUAACGCUCCAUUCCCCCCAGGUCCUGGUGGCCCCUCAGCCGCUGAAGCCGGCCAAGGCCAGCGGGCACCUGAGAACCCCCCAUUGGCUCAAGAUCCGUCGAAACCGCCUCCUAUUGGACCCGGUGCGGACAAAUCAAAGGGAGCCCCUCAAACAGAGCCCAAAUCUCAACCAGUAAGACAGCCCACCAACGCGCCAGCUCCUCCAGUAGAGUCCAAGCCGUCGGCGGAAGAAGUCAAGGCUGUGGCCACGAACUUGGCGUCAAAUGGAGCUGUUAAGGCGAACGAUGCACCCAAGGCCAUCCCCACUGGGCCCAAAGGCAACCGUGUCCAGCCAGCUCUGCCUCUUACUGGGCAUGCACACAAACCUUUCCAGCCUCCCUUUGCAGCAGAAAAGGCGGCUCAAGCCGCUCAGCCAGCAGCCGGUACUGGACCAAGCAGUGUGCAAGAUGCUACUAGCGCAGCUAGAGCAGCCGUGGCUCUGGCUAUGGCGCAGCUAAGCAACCCUGCCGGUAAUGCUAUGGACAACUUGACAAAUAAGGUCAACGAGAUGCGAAUCAACGCAGGAAGAGGCGGAAACGCCAGCCGCGGCCGCGGACGAGGUGGUCGCCCUGCCAAGGUUGAAGUUCCUGACGCAGAUUUCGACUUUGCCCAGUCAAAUGCGAAAUUCAACAAGGAAGAUGUCGUGAAGGAAGCCAUUGCAGGUUCUCCGGCGAACGAGGCACCUGCCGUUCCUGUCACAGAGGGUUCUGAGCCCUUGGAAGGCGCCAUCCCAGUCGCAUACAACAAGUCGAAAUCGUUCUUUGAUAACAUCUCCAGUGAAGCGAGAGAGAGAGCUGAGAAUAACGGCCAAAAACCUGGUGGACGCGAAUGGCGAGGCGAAGAGCAACGCAGGAACAUCGAGACCUUUGGCCAGGGAAGUGUUGAUGGGGGCUACCGAAACUACCGCGGACGAGGACGUGGUGGUCGCGGAAACCGAGGCAGCCGCGGCGGAUAUAGUCGUGGUGGCCGAGGAGGCCCUCGCCCACAAUACCAGUCCACUGCCGCUACCCAGUAA